AUGCAGUUUAACCAGGAUCAAGCUCAAGCUUUGUGGUCUCACCAAAUUGCUGGUCUCCAGCAACAAAUGAUGGCCGCUCAGGCUCAAGCUCAGCCCCAAGCUCCUAGUUUCGCCCAGCAAGCCUUCGGCUCUGCCCAAGCCCUGCCCUUCAUCAACCCUCUCAUUGCUCAGGUUCAAAUCCAGCAGCAACUCCAACUUCAGCAGCUUCAGCGACUUUUAGAAGCUCAAAAGUUAUUCAACUCGCCCAGAUCUCAUCAUCACUCAAGAUCUGGACACGGUACACCGAACAACUUGCCAAAGAACCAACGAAAACAGUUCAAAGCCCGACAGCAGAACACUAGUAACAACCAUAACAACGCUACAUCCGGAAACAACGGCGCCAGUAAUGCGCCGGAAGAAGAGAAGGCUCAACCCUUCAAGAGAAUCGUCGCCAUCAACUUGCCGGCCAAGUAUCAGAAUGUCGAAGCUCUCACUUCCGUUUUCCAUCCUUAUGGUGAUGUCAACAUCGUCCGUGUUUUGAAGCCGGGCAAGAACAUCCCCGCCGACAUCAAACAAUGGAUCCGUCUGAUUCCGGAUCUCGGACGAACCGCUUGCGCUGUCAUCGAUUUCGAGACAGCUCGCGCUGCCAAAUUCGCCGUACACGUCUUCCGACAGCGUGAGAAUGAAAUGGGCUUCCGCUGCGCGCUUCUCAAACCAGGCGUCGACGAGAAACUUUACUCUGAGCGUGAGACCGUUCACACAACCAAGCUUGAUCUUAACCUGUCCUCUUCCCUCGACACCUCCGACUCUGGAGUCACCUCCGAAGAUGCUCACUCCGGCGACAGCGUCCGCUCUAGCUCCGCUUCCGAGCGAUCUGCUAGCUCCGAGCCCGAGAUCCUCUCCGACUCUGACGGCGAGCACAAUCUUAAAACUCUUAAUUUUUCCAAAUUCGUUUCCGCUCCUGCUAAAACCAUUUCUCCCGCUCGGGAAGCUCUUCCAAUUUCUCCAGUAGUCAAAAAAGUCGUUUCGGCCGUAGAGCCAAAAAUAAGCAGCGAGCCUAAAGUUUACGAUCGCGAAUUUCUUUCUAAAUUUUCCAAAAUAAACACUCGACCAGCUGGACUUCCCGACCUGGACUACAUCACGCUGGCCGAGAAGCUCGAAUCGGAAGCAAUUAGGCAGCCACGAGGACCACGAGCUGGCACCAAAGGAUUCAAGCUAAGGAUUCAACUGAAUACCGGCACCCUCGCCUCCAACAACACUUAA